CGGGGUCGGGGCUGCGGGCUCAGGGUCGUGGGCUCGGGGCUGAGCCCCCUUCCCGCACACGGGUCGCUUCUGGUGGGGCUGUGGGUGGAGGCACCGUGUGGCCCCCUCUGCCUUUGGGACUGACUCCUUCGCGUGGGGACGCGGGAUGGAGACACGGCCCGGGACACUGCCCGGCCCGCUUCGCGCAGGGAAAUGGUGUGGGGACACGGGAGGGACUCCGUUUGUACUGGGACGCGUCGGGGCCCCUUCGCGUGGGGACGAACGAUGGGGGCGCAGCGUGACCCCUUCUGUGUGUGCCGGGCUGUGGGGUGACAGCGUGGGGACAGGGACAUGGGGACCCGCUGCGAGGGGUCCCGGCCGCUUCGCCAGCCCCAUCCCCGGCGCUCCUUGCCGGGUCUCCCGCUGGGCCCGGACAAACUCAUCGCUGGGAUAACGGUGCUGGGCUGGGCCUCCCCAGGCUGGAAAUCCCCCCGGGUAGCCCUGCCCGGGGCGGGACGCGGGCACCACAGCCCCCGGCACGGCGCGGGUGCCCUCCGGGGGCUGCAGCUGCAGUCUCUCCCCACAGAUCCCCUCUCGCAGCGCAGGGGGGUCCCGCACCUCCCGGAGCGCAUCCUGCCGGCACCGUGUGAUGGCCCAGCGACCUGCUGCCUCCCCACAGCCAGCUGGAGAGGAGAAGCCAGCGGGGACAGCCGGGGAGAGGGACUGAUCCCCCAUCCAUGGCAGGGGGCAGCCGCCGGGGGCUACAGGAGAGCAGCCCAGCGCCCCGGGCCCGCGCCCGCCCCUCGUCCCCCCGCCACAGGCGCGGCUGCCCAGGGCGCUCCUGGCCAGCUCUGGCCAUGUAGGUGCAGCCCAGGCUCGGCCGCCACCAUGCAGCAGGGCUACGCAGCCGUCCUGUGUGUCCUGGCCGUGCUGGGGCUGGAGGCUGCUGCGCCGGGCGAAUGCGAGCUCACCCGCCUGCUCCAGGACAAGCUGCAGUACGAGAUGCGCCUGCAGUAUAUGAAACACUACUUCCCCAUCGACUACAUGGUCCAGGUCCAGUAUGAAGAGGUGCUGAGGCCAGCCAACAUCACCCGCCUGCGCAAUGGGACAGUGUCAGAGGCAGCGUUGCGGUACCUCUGGUUCCACAUCAGCUCCCAGGCGGUGCUGAGAAUCCACGAGGUGCUGCCGGAGAAGCACCCGUCCUGGAAGUACACCCGGGAACUGUGUCAGCUCUUCGACGCCCUGGGCCAGGAGUACAGCAAGUACCGGCAGACAGAUGUGGAGACAGUGGUGGCUGACCUGGUGAAGCUGGUCUACAGCGCGGACGCCAGGAGCCGGAGGAAGGCUGUGCGCCCCAAGGCGCUGCUGGACAACUGCCUCAAGGUCGGUGGGAGUUCACCUAACGCUGCAGAAGAACCCUCAAUCGACGCCUUCUCCUUGCCCUGGAGCCUGGGACACCGCCUCUGCUCUGCCCCCCGCUCCGCAGAGCCCUUUGGGGGCACCAAGGAAGAUGCGAAAGGGGGUGGGGAAACGCCACCCUGUCCUGGACCAAACACCUGCCCUUCUGGGGCUGUGGGACUGCGCUCGACCAUGGGUCGGCCUGUCAGGAAUUCCAGGCACCUUCUGCAGGGGGCUCGGACGCAGUCCCCGCGGGCAGAGGCUGCAGGGGCGCUUGCUGCCCCAGCCGCAGCGGGGGCGAGGGCAUCACCCGCUCCCUCUCAUCUGUAUUUUCUCCUCAGCUUUCAUUAAACACCAGUUAACUCUAGCGUUGCAGCUCAGCUUCCAACCGGGUUCCGGGAGCCUCCAACCUUACCUGAAAUAAAGGACCAGCAGAGAAAAUCCCAGCUGCCUC